CCAGUAAAAUCUCCCUCAUUACUUUUUGAGACUAUUUACUAACUUAGGUGCAAUCAUUCAAGACGUUUCUCUUCGAAUUAUUGAUCGGAGUUCACUGCAUACGAAAUUAAAUUACUCUUUCGAGAUGAGGGAUGGACUGGAACAAAAAGAAAAGGAUUUUGCGAUGGACAAGUUUGUCAUUCUGUUUUAAGCAAGCAGCCGACGUUAUCUAGUCCACCCGCACCAGAAUCAAACUUUAAAUACGCUCCAUGAAGAUUGUCAUGGCCGUGCUAAACAUGCAAAGUUCAAAGAAGCCAAGCACUGCGACCACAGAGUAAACAGUUGUUUUGGUUAUGGUUGUUCCCUUCACUCUGUGGCAACUGAGUUUCUGAAGCUAUGGCCGUUGCAAUGAAGAGGAAUAGGUCCAGGCGAAGGAUAGCAGCUCUCAGCUUUCUGUCUAAUAUAUCUCUUGAUGGCACUCAUAGAGACACAAACCUUAGUUUUCUAUCAAGGAAUGAAGGGACUAGUGGUACUAGCUCAAAACCACUUGUACUGACGGAAAAUAUCCAAAAUAUUUCCAAGGAUGAAGUUUGUAGGGAUGAUGUGUUUCCUAAGGAUAGUAAAUUGCUUGUGGUCAGUCGUUCACCUAUUUUGGCAAGGAGCCCGACCCGUCUCAACAGUUACACCGCUGAUAUGAACUUCACUCCUUCUAAACAAUCUGAUCAUGAUGUAUUUUCUAAAGCUACAUCCACUCCGUUUCGGGAAAGGACAAAUACAGCUGGAAGUGAUACUGGAUUUGAAAGGCGCAUGGGCUCCAUAAGCCAAAGAAAGCGUCUGAUGUAUCAUCAAGGAUCCCUAUCAGAUGAUAAGCAUCUUCAUAAUUACAGUAGCAGUGAAAGUAUAGGCCCUAGUAUGGCUAGCUCUUUUCGAUCAAAAACACAAGCCAUCCAAGAUGCAUUUCAUUCAUCUCAAGUGCGCGAAGUGCGCAUGGUUCGACCAAGAAGGGGCCAGCAUUUUCGUGAUGAGAGACUCGUCCUUGUAUCUGCCCAUAAAGUCCCAUUUCUUGUAUUUUCAUCAAUCCCAUACAACAAGGGAGGAAGGCAGUCUAGGAAUGAUCUUAGGCGAGAUGGUCAAAGGAGGCGAAACACUUCUGGGCCUCGUCCCCUCUCAUCCAUUAAUGACGGUCUUGAUCCUUUUGAUUUAUUGGGCUUGGAGAGAGGGCAGGACGGACAAGAAAUAUCAUAUGGACAGCUUCUAGUCCCAUCAAGGAUCUUUUCUCGUGAACGAAAGGUGCACUUGUCAGAGUAUGAAGCUAUUGAACCUUAUCAGGCCACUGUAAGACAUCAUGCAUUUGCAAGGACUAAGGAGUUUUUAGGUCUAAAAGAUGGAAAAUGGUGCUUCUCAUAUGACGGCUCUUCUCAUCGCCCCACUGUUCACAGUGUCCCAGGAUCACCCCCUGUUUCUUACAGUGAAAUAAAAGGCAAUGUAGAUUGGGAAGAGCAAGCCGCUGCUGGUCAUAUGCCUCACUCCUCUCAUCCUGUGAAUCCUUCAAGUCUGCACUAUUCAGCUAACUUACUUGAUGAUCCAGAGCUAAUAGCAGGGAAACAUCGUACACUUUUAACCUUCGCUUCAUACAUGACAUCAGUCAUUGAUUACGUGCGCCCAUCUGAUCUUAAAAAGGAACUGAAUGACAAAUUUAGGGAGAAGUUUCCUCAUAUUCAACUUACUUUGAGUAAACUACGCAGUAUUAAGCGAGAGAUGAGGAAGAUUGCGAAGACAGAAUGUGGAAUGGAUUUACUAACAGUGGCUCAAGCAUAUGUUUAUUUUGAAAAGCUAAUUUUAGCUAACCUCAUCAACAAAGAAAAUCGGAAGCUUUGUGCAGGAGCCUGUUUGCUUUUGUCUGCGAAACUAAAUGAUGUGAAAGGAGAUGUGUUGAAAUUGCUGAUUGAGAAAACAGAGAGUGUCUUUCGUCUGAACCGCAAAGAACUGUUGUUGUCUGAAUUUGCAGUGCUUGUUGCACUGGAAUUUGGUCUUCAUAUACCUACAUGGGAAGUGUUUCCCCAUUACCAGCGUCUCAUGUACGAGUCCUAAAUUUUGAUAUGAGUGUAGUCUGUAAUGCCUUUUCGUACUCUUGUGUUAAAGCUUUUCAUAUUUUAACUGAAAGGUACUUAUGUGCUGCUGGAUUGUGCAUUUGUCUCUUUAUCUGAGACUUAAAAAAUUCUAGUCAGAGGUACUGUCUUUGACAUGUUUUGUUUAGUUGUAAUUGUUCUUUUUUGGGAUAUUACAUUUAUAUUUAUAAGCUAUACCAGUAGGCAUUUUUCAGUCAUUCUUUCCAAAACUUGCUGUAUUUUUUACUUGUAUUUUCCUGUUAUAAUUCAGUGGUAAGAUGGUAGAAGCUGUAUCAAUUAAUGUUAAUUCAAUUCAGUGUUUUAUUGUUUAUUAGUUUCAAACAAUUUUGUCUUCCUUUUCAUGUUUAUCAAAAGUGAAACUUAAAAUCAUUUUCUAUUUGAACUAUAGUUAAGUUUGCACUAAUACUUUUCAUGUGUUUAUGUGAUGGAAUUAUAUUCCAUUUGUGUGUGUACUUACAUCUCUCACCCAUAUCAACCAAAGACUGAGUAUUUUGUGUUUCUGUGAACUUCAUUUUUAUUUUGUCAGAUCAAAUUCAUCUUUUAAAAGAUUUUGACGCUACUUCAUGGUAUUAAUUAUCCAAUUGUUUGCUUCUAAAGAUAGUAAAAUUUAUGAGAGUAGCCGUGAUGAGUACAAAUAAAUCAAGUUUCUGUUGCCACA